AUGCCCCCACGGGUCACUCCUCCUCCUCCUGUCCUACAAGCCAUCCAGCGCCCCUGCGGCCAAUUGCACCACCAGUACUGGCUGAAGCAGCAGGAGUACCUGCACCAGAAGACCAUGGCAACCCUCGGGGCGUCACAUAGUAAGAAGCACAAGGUGACGGUUGUGGGCUCCGGCAAUUGGGGCUCGACCAUUUCCAAGAUCGUCGCCGAGAACACGCGCGAGCACCCGGAUAUCUUCGAGGAGGAGGUGCAGAUGUGGGUGUACGAGGAGGACAUCGCCAUCCCCGACAGCUCCCCCCACUACGACGCCGCCCAGAAAGACCAGAAGCAGAAGCUCACCUCCAUCAUCAACAAGUACCACGAGAACGUCAAGUACCUGCCCGGCAUCAAGCUGCCCGACAAUGUCGUCGCGAACCCCUCGCUACAGGCUGCCGUGGAGAACUCUUCCGUCCUCAUCUUCAACCUGCCCCACCAGUUUAUCGGUAACAUUUCCAAGCAGCUCAAGGGCCACAUCCUACCCUUCGCACGAGGCAUUUCCUGCAUCAAGGGCGUGAACGUGUCCGACGAUGGCAUCUCGCUGUUCUCCGAGUGGAUCGGCGACGGCCUCGGCAUCUACUGCGGCGCGCUGUCCGGCGCGAACAUUGCUGGCGAGAUCGCACAGGAGAAGUGGUCCGAGACGACCAUUGCCUACGACCCGCCGCCCAUGGACGCCUCCCGUAACCCGUCGCGGUCGCAGUCGCCCGCCGCCUCGAGCUUCGACCUCUCCGUCACACCCGCCGACCCGAGCCUCCAGCACAAGGACGCGAGGGGCCGGGCCUCCAAGACCCAGCUGACGCCGCUCCCCUCCGACUACCCGCCCCUCGACCACGAGACCUUCGCGCAGCUCUUCCACCGCCCUUACUUCCACGUUUCAAUGGUGUCCGAUGUGGCAGGUGUAUCGCUAGGAGGAGCUCUGAAGAACAUCGUCGCAUUGGCUGCUGGUUUCGUGGACGGCAGGGGCUGGGGAGAUAAUGCAAAGGCGGCCAUUAUGAGAGUAGGCCUAAUGGAGAUGGUCAAGUUUGGCAAGGAGUUCUUUGGCCAGACAGUGCAGACAGCUACAUUCACAGAAGAGAGUGCCGGCGUGGCCGAUCUGAUCACUUCUUGCUCGGGCGGUCGUAACUUCAAGUGCGCCAAGAUGGCCGUAGAGCGAGGUGUCAGCGUGGAGGAGAUCGAGAAGACGGAGCUCAAUGGCCAGAUGCUACAGGGUACGACCACGGCGAAGGAGGUCAACAGCUUCUUGAAGACUAGGGGGCUCGAGAAGGAGUAUCCGCUUUUCACUGCGGUCAUUGGCAUACUGGAAGGCAGGCACGAGGUUGAUGAUAUCCCGAACCUGGUCGCUAGGUCGGCACACGGGUUCCAGCAGGCAUCUCUUUGA